UAUCACAUAUGUUAAUCAUAUUGUCUCAGUAAAUUUUCCUUAGAACCAGAAAGCAGCACUGGAAGCCAGAGGCGCACCACGAACAGUCUGAGUUUAUUUACGUGCGCGCCAAAAGGUGAGGCCAAGCUACCCAGGUGACUCAGGCGACGUCUUGACCAGCGACAGCCUCACCUACGUCGCCGUACAGCCCACCAAGGACAGCAAUGUGCUAGCAAGCAUGCGAAGGAGUGGUGGGGGUGGGGGAGGGGGGGCAGGGGGGUUCAACAAGCCACCCCCAGCUCCCCUCACCCACGGUGGGGCCGGCCGGGUGAGGCUCCACACCCCUGAUCUCACAGCAGCGGCCCUCAGCAAGGAUAGGUUUGGGCCAGCAAGGGAGAGAUCACCCAGCACCCUGCCACUCUCCCCAUCACAUCCUGCCAGCAGAGAGAAGUCUCCCAACCCAUCUCACCACCUUGACCUCCAUGACUGCUCCAUGUGUCUCUCAGCCUACCUUCAGUCACUGAACACUGUGUGUGGAACAGCCUGUCGACUCUCCCAGUGCUUGGCACAGGCAUGUGGAGAGGAGGCAGGACCAGGUCUUGUAAAAGAGGUGGCUGAAGCUUGGGAGGGUGUGGCCCGGGCAGUAGGAGUAGCCUCUGCUGCUGUGAAAUCCCAAAUGCUAGUGUUGGUGCAGGAAGCACAGAGCAGUCGCCAAGACAUGGGAGCCUCUCAGUCAGACCGCAGGGCUGACCUACAACGGGUUGUGUUGACCAUGCUAUCAGCCUUCCUGGGGCUGCAGCAGCAGUUUUCAGUGGCUGUGCUAGAACGUUUUUCUGGGGUGGUGGCUGCCCUGAGGGAGGAAGGACUAAAGCAGGGUUUUAGCCUCCUCUCUGACCUCCCUGCCUCAGCUCAGCACCUGCAUGGACCAGGUGCCAGGGAGAGCCCCAGCCUGGAAGAUAAGACUCCUGGUCGUCCACCCUCAACUUGCACUUCCAGAUCCCAGACUGCCUGGACUGGUCCAGCUAGUCCUGGGGCCAGCACCCUCUCUCCUGGAACCUGCCACACCCUUACUCCUGGCUCAGCCUGGCCCCCUGAUGCCAUUUCACGUCGCUGGUCCAUGGUGGAUGGCUGGUCCAGUCUUGGCUCCUUCAGUCUGUUGGCCAGUCGACGUUGGUCCGUACCUGAGGCUGAUGGGGAAGGUGGGGCUGCCUCUGGGGCUGGGCCCUGGGGCGGUUUAACACCCACCUCCAGAGACAGUAGUGUCACCCGCAGCCCAACACACAGCCGAUCCACCACUCCCGGUAACAUUGCUAGUGAUCCAAAUCGGCAGAGUACCUUCAUCAGCAACGAGGAGCUGCAGGAUGUGAUAGAUCUGCUUUCCAUUCCUCUCUUUGAUGCCCCUGCAGCAGGAAAGGGAGGGGAAGGAGGCCAGCAUGGCUUUGAUGGUGGAGGAGGUGCUGGAAGGAACAGUUUUGAUGGUGGACCUGGAGGGAGGAAUAGCAUCGAUAGUGGAGGGAGAAACAGCUUUGAUAGUGGACUGGGAGGAAGGAAUAGUUUUGAUAUUGGUGGAGGCAGCAGAAACAGUUUUGAUGGAGGUGGAAGUGGAGGAAGGAAUAGCUUUGAUGGAGGGGGAGGUGGGAGAAGCAGCUUUGAUGGAGGAGGAGGAGGAGGAAUAUCUCCAGUAGGUCUGAGUCCAACACAUCACCUCCACCAGCAGAAUCCCAUCUCCCACCCAAGCCAUCAUCCCUCCAUUGCUCAGCUUUUUGAAGAAGCAACAAAACAGCAACAACAGCCGUCACCCAUGAAGCCACCACAGUCCCCACAGCAGUCACAGUACCGUGAUCAACACCAGUCUUCACAGCAACAAUUGCCUUAUCACCAUCACCACCAUCAUCAUUCCCACCAUCAACAGCAGCAACAGCAAAAACAGCAGCAGCAACAGCAGCAGCAGCAGCAGCAGCAGCAGCAGCAGCAGCAGCAACAACAACAACAACAACAACAACAGCAGCAGCAGCAGCAGCAAGCAACAACAACAACAACAACAACAACAACAACAACAACAGCAGCAGCAGCAGCAGCAGCAGCAUCAGCAGCAGCAACAGCAGCAGCACCAUCCUCACCCUCAUCACCACCCACACCAUCACCACUCACACCAUCAGCAGCACCACCACCAUAGCAGUCAGUCACAACCGCCAUUCACCCACGGUUCAACUGCCAGCACCCGGUGUUCCCUGGGAGAGAUAGUGGUUGAGGCCCCUGAUGCAGGUUCCCACGUCAGCACGCCCCUGUGGCCCCCAUCAGGCAUUGCCCCAGGUGUGACUUUGACGGAGUGUCCUGGAGCCAGUGGAGAUCAGGAUUCACCACUGCCGCCAUGGACAGGUGGGCUGGUCUGGAGGGCCUGACCACAGCAGGUGAGAGACCAGGAGGAGGGGAAGAUGAAGGACUGGCAGGAACAAGUAGUAUCUCUCCCACCUGCUCACCCCAGUACCGGCGACACUCCACAGACACCACUCAUUUGGCACCCCUCCAUCCCCACCAUUUGGCUGCCACCUCUACCACCACCCGUGGUACUGCUGCUGCUGCUGCUGCUGCUGCCGCCACUACUGCUUCUGCCACAAUAUCCAAGACACGAAGCACAGACAACAUUGCUCAGGUGCGUGCUGGAGGGAGCUGCCAAGGAGGUGCUCCAGGGGGAAGCUGUCUAGAUUCCAAUCUUCAACACCUCCUGCUCCUCAACUCACUUCUGCCAGCUUCAUCCCCUCCCUCCCCAACUUCACAAUACUCCCUUUUCACAUCAUGAGGUUGCCCCAAGCACAGUAGCAUGCAAGCUACUGAUCAUUGGUAUUCCAUCAAGGUUUGUGUUCUUAUCAGAUGUGCUGGCAUGUAGCCUAGGAUCACCAUGGUCUCUAACAUUUUCACUUCCUUAUUGUGAUUGUUUUAUUCCAUGGUAGCUGGGUCUGGAAGGUAACUGAACCAUUUAAUUUUCUAUGACUAUUUUAUUUAAUUAACAGUUUGAUGGAAUUCACAUUUAAUUUCUUUAAAGCUUUCUGUAGGUCCCAAUGUCUGGCCCUGGGUUGCAUCUUAGUAUGUAUAUGGAACUAGGAGGUUGUACAGAUAACCAUUCAUUUUGAAUGCUUAGGUGUGAUAUCAGGUACUUUGAUUCUUGAUAUAAGCCUAAGAGACCUUUAAGUCAGUUUGAGCUAUGCUUUAGCUGAAGUUUGUAUCACAUGGACCUCCUGCUACAUCAAGGCAGUUAAUCAGUAUACAUUGACUGUGAAAGAUGUCAAAAGUCAAGUAAAAAUCCCAGCUAUGAUUGACACAUUUAUACAGCACUAAGAUGCAAUGCUUUGAUUUUUUUAGAUUUCAAAGCCACAUGGUUGGUGAUUGGAGAGGUUUCCUUGGGAAAAUCAAAAUAUUACAGUAUAAUUAGACGUUAGUGGUGGCAAAAAUUAGUCCAGUCAUUUCAUACACUGCUUGGUUGUGCAUUGUUUUUUUUUUUUUUUUUUUUUUUUUUUCCACAAACAUAAAGUCAAGGAUAUUGUUUACUCUCUCAAGUGGAGUGCUUUUGUGAUGCAUGCUGUGUCAGGGAGGGAAUGAUGUGUCAGUGCAGCUAAAUUGACAGGCUUGUGAAUCCCUCCACUGAGUGAGAGUAUGUGUUUUAUUUUUAAAGUCCUGUCUUUGACAGAUUUUCUUGCCCAGCCAAGCAUAAACUUUGGCAACCAUUUAGUAUGUAAAAGAUUCCUUCAUAGGAUAAUGCUGAAUAUGUAUUGAUAAUAAUUGUCUCUUUGUUACAGAUUCCUUUAUAGACAUUAAUUUUCAGUGUUGAUAAAACUGAUCAUCUAUUAAUAUAGAUAAGAAUUGUUUUUCCAUAAGAUUAUAUAGUGUCAUUGUGUCACUAAGAAAUGUUUGUGUGUAUCUUGUGUAAAGAGCCAUAUUAAUUAGUGUUUAAGCUUCAUAUAAUCCCCUUUUUGUGUACUAUUGUUAUACUAAGUUUGAGAAGUAGUUGUGUUUCUGGCAGACACAUUCUAACAUGUGGAAGUGAGAGUAUUGAUUCAACAUUGCUUUGGGAGUUAUCAUUUAAGACUCCAAGUAAUUUGGUGGCUGGAGACACUUAACAUUUUGUACUUGUGUAGUAUCCUACCAAGAUUUUUUAUUUUUCCUUGUGAAUUGCAGAUGUGAAUGUGAUACAUAAACCUUUAAGCAAAUAUUCUCCAUCCAUCCCUUGAUUUAUGAUACCACGAACAUAUUCAGCAAGUAUUACAUAAAAUAUUUAUAUCAGUUCCUUCAACAUGGAAAGCUACACUUUUUGACCUGUGAACCAAGCAGAUCUCAAGUAAAAGUGACAUAACUUAUUUUGAGAUUUCAUAUGAUGUUACAAGAGCAGAUUCUUUACUGAUGGGAUAUGUUUAUAUGUCUUUUUAUACCUGUCUUAUGAUCUAUCAGCCUAGGAAGUUGGUACAUUCUUCAGAAACACACCCAAAAGUUAAAUAAAAUAGAUAAAUUAAUAAAAUAAUAUAGUCACUGAUAAGCUUCUAUACAGUAUGAAAAUUCCAUCUGAUCUGACCAUUUUUGUAUUAUUGGGGGAGAGAGAGAGAGAGAGAGAGAGAGAGAGAGAGAGAGAGAGAGAGAGACAGAGAGAGAGAGAGAGAGAGAGAGAGAGAGAGAGAGGGCAUGUCACUCAAACUCAUAGACCCACUCCUGCUGUACUAAGUGUUACCCUUUAAAGGUUUAAGAGAGGAUACUGUGAAACAAAAAUUGUGCUCUUCAUGCAUAUGUGGCAUUCAGAUAGUUAAACACAUACACUGUAUAAUAUUAGGGCAUGCUAUGCUAGGUACACAAAAAAUCAACUGCCAAAACAAGAUGUACCUAUUUUAUGAAUGCCAUUGGUUUGUGUAUAUUAUUCUUAGAACUGUUUUAUUUGGAAAUCCAGUCUUCUGUUCAGAAAUCAACACACUCAAGCUGAACAUUGAGCAACAUGGCACAACACCUUGCGUAUAGCCAUCGUUGGUUUUCUUGGCAGAACAACUAAUUUUUCAUGUUAAAAAAAAAUACCAUAUAGGCUGCCACACAAUUCAAAUGCUCAUACACAUGGUGCUCCAUGAAGAAAGUCACAUACGGAAAUUAAAGAUAAGUUAUUCCAAUCUAUGGUUGAAUGCCUUUUAAGAUAUAGGACAUUUGAAUAUAAACUUGGCAGGAGUCGGCCAGGGGGAGAGAGGACUGUAGUGGUUACAUAGGGAAAGUAGUCACUCUUGGAUAUUUAAUUUCUACAGGAUGCUGAUAUGAUAACACAUCAAUAUUUUAAAAAUACAGAUAAAAUUAAAUUCAGGGAUGCAGUGAUAGUGUCUGGCAUGGAGGCAUACAUUCCUCACUCUCUCUCUCUCUACCUAAACCUUCCAAACCUUGGUUUAACACAGCCUGUUCUCGUGCUAUACAUGAUAGAGAGGUGGCCCACAAAAGGUACUUGAGCCUUCCAUCACCUGAAUCUCAUGCACUUUAAAUUUCUGCCCAGAAUCUAUGCCAUGUCUAUUCUCCAACUUGCCAAAAACUCCUUCAUUAAUAGAAAGUGUCAAAAUCUUUCAAGAUCUAACUUCCCUCAUGACUUCUGGCACCUAGCCAGAAACAUCUCCGAUGAUUUUGCUUCUUCAUUUUUCCCUCCUCUAUUUCAACCUGAUGGCACCACUGCCAUCUCAUCUAAUUAUAAAGCUAAACUCUUCACUCAAAUUUUUGCUAAAAACUCUACCUUGAUUCAGGGCUUGUUCCUCCCUUUCCUUCACUCUCUGACUACUUCAUGCUACCCGUUAAAAUCCUUCACAAUGAUGUUUUCCGUCCCCACACUGGCCUUAAUCCCCAGAAGGCUUAUGGACCUGAUGAGGUCCCUUCUAUUGUUCUCCAAAACUGUGCCUCCAUGCUUGCACCUUGCCUAGUCAAACUCUUUCAACUCUGUCUAUCAACAUAUACCUUUCCUUCUUGCUAGAAGUUCUAGACCGUUCUAAUCCCUCAAACUGCCGUCCUAUUGCUUUAAUCUCCUGCCUAUCAAAAGUUUUUAAAUCUCUCCUCUCUAAAUUCAUCUCAAGUUUCCUUUCUGACUGUUCUAUUGCUGCUGGUAGAUGGUAGAUGGUCACUGUUUUUCUGCUAAAUCUAUUAACAGUAGUAUUCCUUAAUGUUCUGUCCUGUCACCCAUUCUCUUCCUAUUAUUCAUCAAUGAUCUUCUAAACCAAACUUCUUGCCCUAUCCAUUCCUACAUUGAUGAUAUCACCCUGCACUUUUCCCCAUCUUUUUGUAGAUGUCCAACCCUUCAGGAAGUAAACAGUUCACACAAGGAAGCCACAGAAUGCCUGACUUCUGAUCUCUCUAAAAUUUCUGAUUGGGGCAGAGCAAACUUAGUAUUGUUCAGUGCCUCUAAAAUUCAAUUCCUCCAUCUAUCAGCUCGACACAACCUUCCAAACAACUAUCCCCUCUUCUUCAAUGACACUCAACUGUCCCCCACCUUCUACACUGAACAUCCUCUGUCUUUCCUUUACUUAUAAUCUAAAGUGGAAACCACAUCUCAUCUCUAGCUAAAACAGCUUCUAUGAAGUUAGGUGUUCUGAGUUGUCUCCACCAGUUUUUCUCAUCCCCCCAGCAGCUAACUCUGUACAGGGGCCUUAUCCAUCCAUGUAUGGAGUAUGCUUCACAUUUUUUUUGGGGGGUUUCACUCAUACUGCUAUUUUAGACAAGGUGGAAUAAAAAAAAUUUUGUCUUAUCAACUCCUCUCCUGUGACUGAUUGCCUUCAGCCUCUUUCUCAUCGUUGCAAUGUUGCAUGUCUUGCUAUCUGCUAUUUUCAUGCCAACUGCUUUUCUAAUCUUGCUAACUGUAUGCCUCCCCUCUUCCCACAGCCUCACUGUACAAGACUUUCUUCUUUCUCUCACCUCUGUUCUAUCCAUCUCUCUAAUGCAAGAGUUAACCAGUAUUCUCAAUCCUUCAUCCCUUUCUCUGGUAAACUCUGAAACUCCCCGCCUGUUUCUGUAUUUCCACCUUCCAGUGACUUGAAUUCUUUCAAGAAGGAGGUUUCAAGACACUUAUCCUGUAAUUUUUUACUACCGUUUUUUACUUUUUUCAGGGACCAGCACCUCAGUGGCUUUUUAUUGCUGUUUUGUUGCCCUUGGCCGGUGCCCCUCCUACAUGAAAAAAAUAUCACUGUAGCAAUUAAUAGCUAAAAUAUAAUGAAAUCCAAAUGCAACACCGAUCAGUUGGGCAUAGUGAGACGGGACUUUGUAACAAAUUUGCCAUUGAUACACAUUCAUAGAUAAACCAUGGAGUUAAAACCAUUUGAAAAUAUAAUAUUUCCAAUUUAGAAUGGCAUGAUCUUUCACUUCUGUGAAUAUGUGAUUUUCUUCAUGUGAUGCCAAGUAUAUGUAAGGUCUGCUUCACACUAUGUCUGUUUGCAGAGAAGUGAGUUAUCUGUGACAUCACUCUGUUAAUGGGAAGAUUUAUUAUCAGCUACCUAUUAUCCUUCCAUGACAUGGAGGUGUUGUUGCCACUAUAUAAAGUGACAGCAGCACUGACCCCAUUGUGUUGAAGGAUUUCUGGCAGCUCUAGUUAAAUUUUCCCAUCAGUGGAGUUACAUCACUGAUGAUGCACUCUGCAGAUAGGCAUACAAAAGAGGUAGUGUGAAGUGGGUCUAAGUGGAGAAACAUCUGUAUCUGCUUGUAGUGAGCUUUUACACACCAAGUACCAACCAUGUAGCACAAGUAGGCCAUAGUAUUAAACCCAUUAAUGCAUCACAGUAAUGACAUGUAAUUCAGCAUAAUAUCAUUAGAAAUUACCACUUAUGUUAGGAAUGAAACAUAAUGAAAGCCUAGCAUGUGUAUAAUGAGUGAAUUCAUAACACGUGCUGAAGCUUUGGCUCCUCAUCCAUGAAUAAGCAUAAUACUCAUCUCUCUCUCUCUCUCUCUCUCUCUCUCUCUCUCUCUCUCUCUCUCUCUCCUCUCCUCUCCUCUCCUCUCCUCUCCUCUCCUCUCCUCUCCUCUCCUCUCCUCUCCUCUCUCUCUCUCUCUCUCUCUCUCUCUCUCUCUCUCUCUCUCUCUUUUUUUUUCUCUAUCUCUUCUUCAUAAUAUUACAGUAAAAUUUUUUUUUCAUAUCAAACGUAAUCAAAAGGGUGUCAGAUACACAAGAAUUUCAAAUACACUAACAGGUUUUUUAUUACAUGCCAUCUUUUGGUUGGCUUUGCAUGGAUCCCACUUGGUGGUUGUGAUAAGGUAAAGCUCCCACAUGGUCACUGCACCUAAAAACUUUAUCCCCUUCAACUGAAAACCUAGUUAAAGAACAGUCAUCAAAGCUUUCUUUCAUUAAUUUAACCUGCAAUAUUGCUAGAUAACAGUUGGAGUCUUGAGGCAAUUGGUAGGUUUACACAUAGACAGGAAUGAACCUCAGUAAGGUUAGUCAACAUGUCCAGAUUCUACAACUUAAGUUGUCAGAAGUUCAUAAUAUGAACUUCAUAAGUCUUAUGUACUACUGAGAACUCUUUCAGUUCAGCAUUGCUGAAUGAAAUAAUCAGCUCAGAACAUUCUUAAGCAUGAGAUGUCUUCAUAGACAUUACCUUCCUUAUUGUCACUCAUUACCUGAUAGCCUUGGUUUCCUUUGAUUAAAUGUGUCUUCAUACACAUUACCUGACUUAUUGUCACUCAUUAACUGAUAGCCUUGGUUUCCUUUGAUUAAAUGCGUCUUCAUACACAUUACCUGACUUAUUGUCACUCAUUUACUGAUAGCCUUGGUUUCCUUUGAUUUAAUGUCAUCUUCUGUAAGCUUCUCACCACACUCAAGAUUAUAAUGGAAUUUCCCAUAAAUGCCUGAAAAUCAGCACAUAAGAUUUUACACCUGCAAUUUAAUUUUGUAUCAGGUCUCCCUUAUUGUUCCUCUCUCCUCUGAGAUAAGAGUAGCAGAUUGUUGAGAUGGGGAGGGGAGACUCUCAGUGUAGAAAGUACAGGUCUUUUGCAAACCUUACAAAUAUUGUUCAAGUUCAAAAUUAUGGUGAAAUACAUGCUGGUUAAUUUUUUAACACAAGUAGUUUGUGGCAUGAGCCAAAUUUGUAUUGCACGAUAAAAAAAUUCCAUUGAUUGCUUACUUGAGGUAGAAGGAACACCACAAUAUCCCUGUCCCAAGCAAAAUGACACGAACUUGCUACUAAGGGAGAUCACCUAUCCAUUCCUUUAUAUUCAAGAAAUAUCUGAAAUUUGGAAGUUACACUUUUUGUAUAUUAUAAAAUGCAUGCAAAAUAUUUGCAAGUUGUUUCAUGUAGCUAUUGUUCAUGAUCUAUAAUUAGGUAUAUAAAAAGCUUUUCCCCAUUCACAAACUGUAGCACUGCUAGGAAUAGAUAUCCAAGGCUACACUCCCAACUGUUUUUAUGUUAAAAGUCCCCAACCUCAAAACAGAAAAAUAAUAAAUAAAAAAAAAACUCAAGUGAUAAAUAGAUGCAACAAUAACAAAAAUUAAAAAAAAUGGUUCCAGAUCUGCUCAUGUCAUUCCCAUCAUGCACUGAAGUUCUCAAAAUUUGUCAAGUUCUAAUAUUAUAUUGAGGUUCCAGUUUCAUUCAAACACUAGAUUAAUUUCACAUUACUUGGUAAGAGCACAUUUUGUAUUGAUAUGACAGAGAGAGAGAGAGAGAGAGAGAGAGAGCACAGGUUUCAGAGCUCAUCAUUAUAGAAUUUUGUAAGAACACAGUAUGUAACAUCCUCUAUUUUUUAAAAAACCUAACUCGAACUAUACAAUUAUCAGAUGAAAAUAUGAAUAUUUAUGGGCUGGGAUAAACCAACAAAAUCUCAAAACUAGCAGUUCUUUGACUCAUGAGAUGCUCACAAACUUGAACACACUCGCACUCAAAGCAUAUUAACAUAUUCCUGCAAACUUCUUGCGAGUAACUUGUGUUGAUGUAGGAUAUUUGUAAGAUCUCACACUACUACAGAAAACUGAUCCAGAUCCCAAUAAUCAUAUACCUCCUGUUGAUGAACCAAGGCUGUGCCUUUUAAAGCAUAAGCACUGAAACACCACAACAAUUUUUCUCCUCUCCUCCCUAAACAUUCUUGGAUCAACAGUCUGGACUUUAUUUGACAUCACUACUGACCUGUAUUUCUCUCUUAGAGGCUUCAGUUAGUUUUACAUGUGAAAAAUAACCUAAUACACAAAAUUCCAGGAUCACUACCAAAUUGUAUGAUUAAUAUCAUCUGUAUCACAUUUGAUAUUAGGACUGCCAUCACACUUCUCAAUGGCAUUUGACCCCUCUGCACAAUAUACUUAAAUUUAGCGAGCAAACUUUUUGAGGCUAAAAAUUAUUUGUAAAUAAAGAAGCUGUCAAUCUCAGGCAGCAAAGCUACCAUGUCAACUGCAUCAGGGCUGGUAAAAUGUAAUACUAAAGGAAAUUUGAAAUCAAAUCUAGCACCAGUUAAUGACUACUUAAUCUCCUAUCAGACACUAAUUCCUACGCUUUUUUUAAUAUUUGGGUUUACUUUUGAAUUACAAGCACUGCAUCUACUAGAAGGCUGAUGAGUUUAGUUGAGAAGUACACUACACUGCCACUGUUGACCACUGCUGCUUCCAUUGCUCAAGACAAACAGCUUCUUUAUUCUUUAAAGCUUGCAAAAAGAAAUUGCCACUGCAGUAGGAAAAGAAAUCUACAUCUGAUGAAACUUAUGUCAUUGAAAAGUAGGUUGGCAAUCUUGAUAACAAACCUUAACUUUCACCUGUGGCUAAGCAGCCACAGGUAGAAAUGUGAUAUAACUGUAAUGAUAAUAAUUAUUAUAUAAUAGUAAAAUGUGUCAAAAGCCACCAAAUUUCAGUCUGGUGCUGGAAUAACCAAACUUAAUGUUGUAGGAAAUGUUUACUUAUGGUCAUCGCUGGUAGCUUUAAGAACAUGUGCGUGUGUGUGUGUGUGUGUGUGUGUGUGUGUGUGUGUGUGUGUGUGUGAGGUAAUGAUUUGAGAGCAGUGAUGUCAAGGCAUCAGUCCUCCACCAUACAAUGAAGGAAGGUCAGAGUUCAGGCAUGAUCAUUUUGGGGCAGCAGCCAUAAAAGGCUUAUCAGGCACCUUCCAAAAUAAUACUAGUAAUUAACAUUAGUAAUAAUCAAUAUGAUAAUAGUACAUCAGCAUCUUGCUGUGACAUCAAUACUUUUCUUAGAUCAUGACAAAAUGGAAUUUUCCCAAUUUGUAAGUAUAAAAUUUAAUUUAAGUUGGUUCUUGCUUAGGUCUAAAGAACAUUUAAAAACAUACAGUACAAAGAUUUACUGUAGUGUGUAUGAAGUGAUGUUGGUUGCCCUACAUUUCUUUGCAACCUUAACUUUGACCUAACCUAACUGGCAACCCAGAUUAUUCAUAUUUGUCAGUUUAUCUGUCUGUUGUCUGUCUUUCAAAUCUUAACUAACAUUUAUCGAAGAUUUAAUGAAGGUGUAGAUGAUGGGUGGAAUGGUUUAUUGAAGGUAAAGGAUUUGAGUGGUACUGAAGAAGAAUUUGAAUAAGUUGUUUGAAGAGAACAUUGAAGUUGUGAUAAAGUAAGAUGUAAGUUUUAGAAUGAGGAUUUUAAGUAAUGAGGCCUGAAUUUUUAUGAAGCAUUGUAACAGGAGCUGAGCAAGGAAAGGUUUGAAGAUGAUGUGAGAUUAACAUGUAUUUCGACAAGGAUGACAUGUUGGGGUGAAGUUGACGGCAAAGGUCUGGGUGUUUUCCUUAAGCCAGAUUAUAUAGCAUUUCAAGUAGAUCCACCAUAUAUAUAUAUAUAUAUAUAUAUAUAUAUAUAUAUAUAUAUAUAUAUAUAUAUAUAUAUAUAUAUAUAUAUAUAUAUAUAUAUAUAUAUAUAUAUAUAUAUAUAUAUAUUGCAAAACUCACAAGCAUAAUAAGUUUGCUCUAAACUAUUUCUGAGCAUGUGUCACAAAAUAAUUUCCCAUGACCAAACCUUUACUUCACUUCAGCUGUCCAGUAGGCAGGAGGCAACUCAUUAUUAUUACAGUAAUGGGUUUGGCCAUAGAAACCAGAUUUGAAUGCAUAAGUUAUAGAAUUAAGAGUAUUGGUUUCUUUAUGGGAAUGUUGACAGCCGCUUGAUGCUGUUUUCUGUUAAUUAAAUGAGGCAGCAUUAGACAGGUGAGGUGGCUGGUCCCUUCCUGCACCUGCUCCAUUAAAACAAUUAAUCAA